CCUAAAUAGAAGUUUAUAACACUUUUUUCCUUUGGUGUAGCUUAUGGUAAUGAUGGAGUUAGAAGACGUUCAAGCCAGUCAAGUUCUCCAGGUCGAAGGUCUUCUUUAGCCAACUCAUACAAUUCUCGUGAUAGUCGUAGUCAGAGCAGGGAAGCCUUCAGGGCUACUGAUGGAUGGGAUGGUGAGCCAAGAGUGUCUGACAUGAACUCUGGCCGUGGUGUUCACUACCCAGCUUUUCUUCAGACAUUGGAAGAAAUAGAGUUGGCAUAUAAAAGAGAAGCAGAUGAACUUGGAAGAAUUCGGGACAAGGAAGAAGAUGAAGAGAAUCAUAAGCAUCGUGAGGCUGUCAGAGAAAUAAGGGAGAAUUACUUGAAGAAUCUGGCUAUCAUUAGAGGGUCAUAUGUCAAGCAAAAGGAAGAGUUGAUUCAAGUCGAUGCCCAAAGAAUGAUGAAACAGGCUAGCCAGCAAAAUAUGCACACUUCUGGAUUUGGUCAUCCAUACAAUCAAACUGGCUAUCCGGAGUAUUCAAGCUCUGCAGGAAAUGCACACUAUUCAGUAUCCAAUUUGCCUGCAGAUUCGAGGACCAGGUAUCCAAAUCCCAUGGACGGUUAUCCCCCAUCAAGGCCCCAUGACAGCUAUGAUGAUUUUUGUCAGAGACGCAAUGAAUAUGGCAAACCAUUUGAUCGAUUCUAAGAAAACCAUAGGUUGGCGCCUCAAUUGGAUCCAGGGUGGGGCACAAGAAUGAAGAAACUACCAGUAUGGGUAAGUGGUUUUUUUUAAUUUACAUCUAUAUAAUAUCAUUCUGAACUUGAGAAGAUGUUAAGUGAACACUUUUUUUCCUGUGAAAUUUGGCUUGUUUUGCCGGUCAAUUGACGUGGACAAUAUUAGAACAUAUGGAGUAGUUUCAAUUCUGUUUGGGGUUAUUUAAAUUUGUAAGAUGGUAUCGUGAUGUUUUGACCUUGGUAUGAAGCAAUUUAACCUGUUUUAGUUUCAAGUACUAUAAGUGUUGCCCUUUUGCUACAUAUUCCAAAUGCAGGAAAAAUGCUGCAUAAUAAACUACUUGUUUCGUG